AGCGCUCGACGGGUACCAGUGAUUGAUCGGCCUUCCGUAUGAAGAGCUGGGUCACUGGAAACGGCAGAGACUCUGGAAGGGAGAAGGCAAAGCGAAGAUUACGGGUGCCCCAAGACUUCUCCAGGCCUCCUUUCGCCGCGGGACAACACGGAGAGGUUUUACUGGGAGACUUUGGGCUACCUGAGGUCAAAAACCCUCGCUUUCGUCUCUGCCUGCCAACGGACUUCUCCGAGCCUCCUUUCCGCGUGGGGCCUCGCUGCCAUGUUGCAGGCAGACAGCUUCGGCUUUACGGAGGAGACAUCGAGAGCGGGCAGUUUUACAGAGGUUGAUUUAAAAAUUCCAUUUGAAAACAAGCAGCUGGAUGCAGUCUGUUCUGUCCCCGACAAGCCCUUAACGUACGGAGUCAUUCUUACCCACGGCGCCGGAGGAGACAUGAAUGGCCCCCAUCUGGUGUCCCUGGCGGCCCACCUUGCAUCUCAUGGACUCCUCUGCCUGAGAUUUACUUGCAAAGGACUAAAUAUCAACUACAGAACUAGGGCCUAUGCUUCUGUUUUGGAAUUCCUGAAGUCCUCAACUGAAUACAAACUUACUGGGGUUUUCCUGGCAGGUCGUUCGAUGGGCUCCCGAGCAGCCGCCUCACUGAUCUCUCGGGUUGGACUCGGUCAGGAAGGUGAUUUUAUCCAAGGACUCAUCUGUCUGUCGUAUCCCCUGCACCGUCCGAAGCAGGAACGCAAACUCCGGGACGAAGACCUAUUUCUGAUCCAAGACCCGGUGCUCUUUGUCUCCGGCUCUGCGGACGGGAUGUGUAAAAAGACGUUGCUGGAGAAAGUGACAAGCAAAAUGAGAGCUCCUAGCAAAAUCUACUGGGUGGAAAAUGCAAACCAUGUCAUGGCAGUCAAAGGACGGGCAACUAAUGAUAUUCUGAUGGAAAUUAACAAAGAAGUUUUUUCAUGGAUCCAAGAAAUUGUAAAUGUUGACACGGAAUAAUUAUCACCAGUCACAACCUU